UAGAAGAAGAAGAUGAGCGGAGGAUAUAGCAGCAUCGAUGCAGUGAAGAAGAAGAUCAAGGUGCUGCAGGAGCAGGCGGAGGAGGCAGAGGACCGAGCUGCCAAACUGCAGAAGGAGGUGGAGAAGGAGAAGAGGUGCAGAGAGGAGGCAGAGGUGGAGAUGACGGCCCUGUGUCGUCGUCUGCAGUUGAGUGAAGAUAAUCUGGAUCAAGCUCAGGGAGAACUGUGCUGCGCCCUCAAGAAACUGGAGGAGGUGGAAAGGGUGGCAGACGAGAGCGAGAGAGAUAAGAAAGUGAUCGAGAACACGGCUCUGAAGAAUGAGGAGAAGAUAGAGAAGCUGGAGUAUCAGCUGAAAGAAGCCAAAGCGAUCGCAGAGGAGGCCGACUGCAAAUAUGAAGAGAUUGCUCGUAAACUGGUGAUGGUGGAAGGAGAACUGGAACGAGCUGAAGAAAGAGCCGGGCAGGGACAGAGUAAGGUUCGGAGGUUGGAGGAGCAGCUGAGGAGUUUCGACCAAUCAAUGAAGAGCCUGCAGGCGUCUGAGGACAAGGUACUGAGGGUCACAUGACCCCCCCGCCUGCUGUCGUUCAAACCAAAGGAGCUCCUCCUCCUGACCUCCUGCUGCCUCCUGUGACCUCUGACCUUUGGCUGCUGCUUCAGCUCCACCUCCUGCUGCUGCUUUUUGCAUGACUUUAACUGCUGCAUCCCCCAAAAAAACCGCACACACACACACCUGUCCAUAACAAACCACACACACACACACACACACCUGUCCAUAACAAACCAC